UCUGGGCAGUGAGGGACUGUUUCUUCCCCAGCUACAUGCAGAGAGAGGCUUCAGCACUGCAGGAUCUGCUGCACCAAAAGGAGCUGAGAGCUUUGGGAACAGUGAAGGACUAUGAGUGACCACUACAGGAGCGUGUCUGGGUUUGCUGGUGUCCAUGCUCCCUCCAGCCCUUUGGAGUACAGGGAUCAAAAGGUGACAGGUGAUUGCACUUAGUAAGAGAAGCAAGGAGGCUGAGACGGCUUUCCUGAGCGUUUACAAGCAGUUGCUGGAAGCUCCAGCCCCUGAGCCAAAUGCAUCUUGACAUUAGGAAAGGAAUACAUUUGCUCAGCCCGUGUAGUAACACUGCGGCUAUUCCCAGUUGUCUUUUUGAUGACCCCGCUCCUGUGCUGGAGGCUGCCCGGAGCCUGGAGGACCGGCUGCAGCAGCUCCAGCGCCUCGAGCCCAACCCGCCUCCCCUGAAGGAUCUCAGCCGCCCCUGGAAAAAGCACACGGAGCUCAGCAGCACCAAAGAGCGCAGGGAGGGGACAUCGCCGGCAGCCGACGGCCUCGACAGCAGAGCAGGGAGCACAGAGACCUCGGUGCAGAGAAAUGAGGCAGAGAAGCAAAAGGGGCUCCAGGAAGCACAGGUCACUUUGGCCUCUCGGCUGGGGGAGGCAGAGGAGAAGAUCAAAGUGCUCCACGCAGCGCUGAAGGCCACGCAGACGGAGCUGCUGGAGCUGCGGUGUAAAUACGACGAGGAAGCAGCAUCCAAGGCAGACGAAGUCGCCAUGAUCAUGACCAACCUUGAAAAAGCCAACCAGCGAGCGGAGGUGGCGCAGAGGGAAGUGGAGAGUUUGCGGGAGCAGCUGGCAGCCGUCAACAGCUCCCUCCGCCUGGCCUGCUGCUCCCCAACGGGCACUGCUGGGGACAAAGUGAACUAUUCCAUGUGCUCAGGGUCGAGGCUGGAGGCAGCUCUGGCUGCCAAGGACCGGGAGAUCCUGCGGCUCCUGAAGGACAUCCAGCACCUCCAGAGCUCACUGCAGGAGCUGGAGGAGUCCUCUGCCAACCAGAUCGCCGAGCUGGAGGGGCAGUUGGCUGCCAAGAACGAAGCCAUCGAGAAGCUGGAGGAGAAGCUGCAGGCACAGGCGGACUACGAGGAGAUCAAAACAGAGCUGAGCAUCCUGAAGGCAAUGAAGGUGGCCUCUGCUGGCUGCAGCCUUCCCCAGAGCAUAUCGAAGGCAGAGGAGGCCCUGCUGUUGGGGAAGGAGGCUUUCUACCCCUCCCAGAAGUACCUGCUGGAGAAGCCCAGCCUGCUGGCCAACACUGAGGAGGAUCACUCCGAAGACGAGUCGGGGAAGGAUUCUCUGGGCAUGGAGCAGCCGUACCCAUCCCCCCAUCACGCCCCAAGCGAUGAACCCGCAUCCCCCACUCCUCUCCCGCCACUGCCCGGCCCCGGCGGGGCCCCUGACGGUCCCCGGACUUUUUCUCUGUCCCCUUUCCCGGGGAGUGAGCGGCUUUCGGGCGACCCCAAGGCCCCCCACCUCCCACUGCCCACGUACAAGAGCGAGAGCACUGCCGGGGGACCCUUCCCCUCCUCCUUCUUCGGGGCCAAAAGCAGCACCGUGCACCCUGCGCCUGCCACCAACGCCGCCAGCCCGCCCGGCGAGAACUCCGAGGGCAGCGCUGGCAGCUCUGCCGAGGAGGAGCAGCUGGACACGGCCGAAAUCGCCUUCCAGGUGAAGGAGCAGCUGCUGAAGCACAACAUUGGGCAGCGGGUCUUCGGGCACUACGUGCUGGGGCUGUCGCAGGGCUCCGUCAGCGAGAUCCUGGCGCGGCCCAAGCCCUGGCACAAGCUGACGGUGAAGGGCAAGGAGCCGUUCAUCAAGAUGAAGCAGUUCCUCUCUGACGAACAGAAUGUGCUGGCCCUGAGGACUAUCCAGGUGCGCCAGAGAGGUAGCAUCACACCGCGGAUCAGGACACCGGAGACCGGCUCCGACGACGCCAUCAAAAGCAUCCUGGAGCAGGCAAAGAAGGAGAUCGAGUCGCAGAAGGGAGGAGAACCCAAGGCACUGUCAGCAUCGCAGGCAGUGGCCAACGGGACGGGCGGCAGCAGCUCGGAGGACGCCAUCAAGAGCAUCCUGGAGCAGGCGCGGCGGGAGAUGCAGGCACAGCAGCAGGCGCUGCUGGACAUGGAGUCGGGGGGCAGCGGGCGCCCCGCGGACCCGGCACCCGCCGAGCGCUCCACGCUGGCCACCGUCAGCCAGAACGUCACCCCCGCCUACGUGAAGCAGGAGGAGGGGAGCGGGGCCAGCCCCGGCCCCCCGCAGACGCCCCUGGCCGUCCUCUCUCCCGCCGCCUUUGUCCAGAGCAUCAUCCGGAAGGUGAAGUCGGAGAUUGGCGACGCCGGCUCCUACUUCGACCAGCACUGGGCAUCGGAGCGGAGCCUGCUCAGCCGGCCCUACACCUCUGUCUCACCUUCGCUCUCCUCCUCCUCCUCGAGCUACUCCAGCAUGGCCAAUGGCCGGGGCUGGCCGCGGGGUGAGCCCGGCGAGGGCGGCACCAACGAGGAUGAGCUGCCGCCGGCGGAUGAGGAGCCCCACCGGCUGUCGGAGAUGAAGGCAGAGGGAGCUGGUGCGGAGCCAGCGGCUGGUGGGCGUCUCUCCUACUAUCCCACGUAUGUGCCAAGGACCCUGAAGCCCACCGUGCCACCGCUGACACCGGAGCAGUACGAGAUGUACAUGUACAGGGAGGUGGACACGCUGGAGCUGACCCGGCAGGUCAAGGAGAAAUUGGCCAAGAACGGCAUCUGCCAGAGGAUCUUCGGGGAGAAGGUGCUGGGACUGUCCCAGGGCAGCGUGAGUGACAUGCUGUCGCGGCCCAAGCCGUGGAGCAAGCUGACACAGAAGGGUCGGGAGCCCUUCAUCCGCAUGCAGCUCUGGCUGACCGACCAGCUGGGCCAGGGCAUCAGCCAGCAGCCCACACCAUCCCAGGCCAGCCCGGCGGAGCCCCAGCCGUCCCCCUCGCCGCCCCCCAGCCCCGCCGAGCACGACAAGGGCUGCCAGGAGCCCCUCACCCUGGCCCUGGAGAGCAGCAAGGAAAACCAGCAGCCCGAGAGCCGGUCGACGCCCACGCUGGGUGGGAAGACGUAUCCCAACAGCCAGGGACCUGUGGGCAUCCAGGAGAUCGUCGCCAUGUCCCCCGAGCUGGACACCUACUCCAUCACCAAGAAGGUCAAGGAGGUCUUGACAGACAACAAUUUAGGCCAGCGGCUGUUUGGGGAGAGCAUCCUGGGCCUGACGCAGGGCUCGGUGUCCGAUCUCCUCUCCAGGCCCAAGCCGUGGCACAAGCUGAGCCUGAAGGGGAGGGAGCCCUUCGUCCGGAUGCAGCUCUGGCUCAAUGACCCCCACAACGUGGAGAAGCUGCGUGACAUGAAGAAGCUGGAGAAGAAAGCCUACCUGAAGCGCCGGUACGGGCUGAUGAGCGCCGGCUCGGACAGCGAGUCCCCCAGCGCCCGCUCCGAGUGCGCCAGCCCCAGCGUGCCGCCACAGGACCUCAGCCUCCUCCAGAUCAAGAAGCCACGGGUGGUGCUGGCCCCGGAGGAGAAGGAAGCCCUGAAGAAAGCCUACCAGCUGGAGCCCUACCCUUCCCAGCAGACCAUCGAGCUGCUCUCCUUCCAGCUCAACCUUAAGACCAACACUGUCAUCAACUGGUUCCACAACUACAGGUCACGGAUGCGCCGGGAGAUGCUGGUGGAGGGUGCUCAGGACAAUGACACAGACCCAGAGCAGAGUGGUGGGACGGCCAUCCCCGGGCGUCGGGCCCCCCACAGCCCCGACUCGGAUGCCGAGGAUCGUAAACCCGUGUUCGCAGGGGGCGAGCACCCCUGUGCUGCUGUGCCUGUGAAGGUGAAGGAGGAGCAGGGGGACACGGGCGGCUGGAGCCGCCGGCGGGACUCACACAGCCCGGCCGGGGCGGACGAGGGGACCGGACCUCCACAGGAGGAGCGGGGGGCAGCCCCCCACGCCGCCGCCCCCAGCGCCAGCAGCCUCUCACGGCGGGGAGGCCGUGCCAGUGCCACCGCCGGGGGACCCCCAGCGCCACCACCGCCGCACCCCGACAGCUCCCAGUCCUCCGCAGGGUCAUCCCGUUGCAGCUUGGAGGUCUCCCCAACAUCACCCUCAGCGGCUUCCUCACCCGGCCUCACCGGCUCAGCCUCACCGGGACCAUCCUCAGCCGGGCCGGUCUCACCGGCACUCCCGCCGGCUCCCGGCCCCCGGCUCAGCACCAGCGUCCAGCGGCGCCACGAGAAGAUGGCCAACCUCAACAACAUCAUCCACCGCCUGGAGCGGGCUGCCAACCGCGAGGAGGCCCUUGAGUGGGAGUUCUGAGCCCCCCCGCCGUCCUAAAUAUAUAUAUACACAGCCACAUAUAUAUAUAUAUUUUGAUAAAUGCAGUGUGCACCGAGAGGCGAUGCCGGUGCCAUGGAGGGGAGUGCCCGUGGAGAAAGGGGGUACCCUCCCCCCCCACACUAUGAAGCCACUCCCUGGCUUUGUUUUAAAUGUGAAAAAACUGGGAACAAUUUUAGAAAAGAAAAACAAAACAAAAAAAUAUUUAUAGACCUCUUUUAGAUAUUUUAAUAAAAGGAUACUUUGGAAUUUAUUAACAGCUUAAGCUGCUUUGAUAUUAAAGAUAGCUAUAAAAUCAAGAUGAUGUAGCAGUCGUGUCAUUAAAUGUACACUGAAGUCUUGUAGUUUGCCACUGGAUGAGAUUAAAAACAAAUAAAAAAACCCCAAACAAAAACCAACCCACAGAAAAGACUUUUUGAGCAAAGCCAUCAAGAAGCACUAUGAGACUGACCAAAUUUAAGAAACUUUUGCAGUUUCCACCCCUGUCUGUAAGACACUGCAUUGCUUCUGCCCCAACCACAGACUGCGUCCUAGUCCCUGAAGACUCUAAAGCGACCCCCCGACGCCAUCGAGUAUGUAUUUAGUUCUGGUGGUUUAUGUUUUUGGAAGCCUUUGUAACACAGAAUGUCCCGUGCGGUUGUAUAUGUUGUAGAGAUGUCUGCAAUAGCCUCCUGGAACAAGAUGUAGCAUGGUCCCAAUGCUGUCCCUCGCGCUUCCUCCAGCCGGCAACCCGUGGCAGCUCCCCUGUGGCGCGAUGCGGCUGACACCAGCUCCCAAGGGAAGAGAGAAAAUAUGGCAACAGCAAAGGAAGCAAACUGUGCUUGGGAUUUUGGGAGCAAGGUGGGAAGAGGUACCUGGGUAUGACGCUCAGGGAUGGCACCGGCUUGCAGGGGAUGGACAUGCAUCCCAUCCUGGUUCCCCGUGCUCUGCCAUAGUCCAUUUGGGAAAGGAAAAGAGAUGGAGCCUCCCUGGGGCAGCAGUGCUUGGGGUGAGCGCCCAAAAUUCAUGAGCUCUGCUCUGCUCGGGGCUGCUCCAGCAUCACAGCCAGUUCUUGUGGCUGAAGCACUUUUUUUAGGGAGAGCGCCUGGGUAGAAGGAGCAUCCCCUUCCCACAGCUGUGUCCCAGGCAGUGGCUGUUGGUGGUGCCAGGAUGAGCCUUGGGAUGUCUCACCUGCCUGAAUUGGGCAAGCUCAGCCCUGAACUGGGCAAAGCACUAUCGAGCUUUGGCUUUCCAGGGUUGAUCCUGUGCAGGAUCAGCUCAGUGGUGGCACCAUCCUGGCAUGCUCCCUGUCCCCCACCCCAACCCCACCACCUCCAGCUGGCCUGUGCUGACAAAAUGCCUUUUAACAAUUCAGGGUGGCCCGUGCUGGGCUGCCCUGCCCUGUCCCUGCCAUCGCCCACCAAGGCCCACGCUGCCAGGAGGGCUCCCUGCCAGGCUCCCAGGCUAUGCACUGACUGAUUUUCCACUGUAAACACUUUUAUCAGAAUAGAAGAUAUUUUUAUAUUCAGGUGGUGGUGGAUGAGCAAUGCUGAAGGCGCCUCAGCGAGGGCAUGGCUCUCCUUGCCCACCUGCCCUGCCCCAGCGUGCCCACGGCCGCUCUUUUCCCUGCCACCACGCUGAGGAAGGUCGAGGUGCAACCAUUGACUGCCUUCUCCGUCGUGUGCUAGCGGGAGCUUUAGUGGAACGGGACUUGAGGAAGCACUUAGGAUAGUCCUGAACAUGGCAAUCCUGUUGUAUGAAAGCCAGCGGGACAUACCGGUCACGUUUUUGUUAGGCUCAUGUUCUGUACUUCAAAAGUUUCUAUGAGAUCGAUGAACUUUGUUUAAACAAUUUUGGAAGGAACAAGUUCUGUAAAGAGCCACUAAAUACAGA